AUGGUUGAGGAACGUGCGUCAAACCAUGUCGAUCCAACCCGCGAAUGCGAAGCCCCCUCUGCUGCGAGUUGCGGUGACUUUCAGGGUCUCGCGCAAGUGUCGCACAGAAUACUCCAUCAGGCAGCGGAGGAUGGCGAUGGCGAUGACGAUGGCGAUGGCGAUGGCGAUGACGAUGGCGAUGGCGAUGGCGAUGACGAGUUCCAUCCACCCAAGCCAGGUUUCUCUUGGAAGCGGGCGCUCUGGGCCGAUGCCAUAGUGCCGUCGUAUAGCUUCGAGACUUGA